AUGCAUCAAACUGCCCUGUUCAUCCGCCACAUCCCGGCGCUCUAUUUCGCGUUCGCUAAUUGCGUCGGGCUGGUCUUAGCGCUUCUCCGCGGAAAUCGUGCCCUCGUUGAGCUCUAUGGCUUGCCAAGCAAUAUCUUCGAGGUCCCCGAAACCUGGCCGGUUUGGCAAGCUGGCCAGGGACGCAUCAUCCUCCUCGGUCUCAUGAUGCACUACUUCUAUUGGCGCGGUCAGUACGCCGAGUGCGACGCCCUCUUAAUGGGCGUCGCCUUUCUUGGAUUCAACGACUUCUUGGUAACUUGGGAUCAUGGUAACCUGGUGUGGGCGUGGUGUCGAAUUGUCUCCUCUAUCGCUUUUGCUUCCACCGGAUACUUUGGCUUGACCCAAGAUCGGGAUCGCGCUCGGAAAGCCAGGACCCCCUGA